UUUUUUUUUUUAACUGCUCUUGCUCUUGACUGCUGACUCGACGACCGCAGUCAUGGCCAAGACCUUCAUGCUGGUGGCCGCUUUGGCCCUGCUGGCUUCGGCCACAGCUCUGCGCUCUCUCUAUGCCCGUGGGUUUGAAGAGGCUGAGGUUUUGCCGGCCAAGAACCCGGCGCUCAUCAUGAACCACGUGGCCAAGGAGCAGGGCCACCUUGCUGCCCAAAACCUCGCCAAGACCAACCUGGGCAACCUUACCUCCUACGCCGGCUUUCUUGAGGUCAACCAGACCAAGGGUAACAGCCUCUUUGUCUGGUACUUCCCUGCCCUGAACGGCAACAAGAACGCUCCCCUCCUGAUCUGGCUCCAAGGUGGCCCCGGCGGUGCUUCCACUUUUGGUCUCUUCUCGGAGAUUGGUCCUUUCAGCAUCAACGCCAACCAGCAGCUUGAGCCCCGCAACACCACCUGGAACGAGGAGUACAGCCUGCUCUUCAUCGACAACCCUGUUGGCGCUGGCUUCAGCUUUACCGCCAAGAAUGGCUGGGCCACCAACUCGCGCGUCGAUGCGGCCGAGGACUUGUACAGCUGCCUCCAGGCCUUUUAUCAAGUCUUCCCCUCGGAGCUCAAGAAUGACUUGUACAUCACGGGCGAAUCCUAUGCCGGUCACUAUAUCCCGGCCUUUGGUGCCUACGUGCACAACCAGAACAAGGCCGGCCAAAAGCCCGAGAUUCCUCUCAAGGGUGUUUCCAUCGGUGAUGGCUGGACCGUGCCUCACCUGCAAAUGCAGGCCAUUCCCGGCCUCAUGUUCAACCUUGGCCUCGCCGAUGAUGUUCAGACUGCGCAACUCGAAGAGUACAGCCUUCAGGCCAUCAACUACAUCACUGCCGGUGAUUACAAGGCUGCCUUUGACGUCUGGGAUCUGAUGCUCAACGGCGAUGUGUGGCCGUAUGCCACCUACUUUUACAACCUCACGGGCUGCACGGACUACGACAACUUUCUGCGCACCGAUGGCCCCGUUUCGUUUGGCUACUACUCGGCCUUCCUCCAAGCUCACCGCGAUGAUAUCCAUGUGGGCAACGCUACGCUGAACAGCGGUCUGGAGUGUGAGAUGCAUUUGAUCAACGACGUCAUGGACUCGUACCAGCCUGAGCUCGAGCUGUUGAUGGAGAACUACAAGGUUCUCUUGUACAACGGCCAGCUUGACCUGAUUGUUGGUGUUCCCCUCACUGAGCAAUAUAUUCCCCACCUCAACUGGUCGGGUAGCAAGGGCUUUGCGGCUGCUGAUCGCACUGUCUGGAAGGUCGAGGCUGCCGACGAGCAGGUUGCCGGCUACGCGCGCAGCUACAAGAACUUUACGCAGGUGGUGGUCCGUGGCGCUGGCCAUAUUGCUCCCUUCGAUCAGGGUCGUUCCGUCAAGGACAUGGUGACCCGCUUCGUGGAGAACAAGGCCUUUUAAAUUUGCCACGAUCACAGCACCACUGCUCUGCUGCGGGAAUCGGUUGCGCUUCAGGUUGAGGUCCUGCUUGUUGCCUCCUCCUUCCAGAUUCAAACCAAUCGACACCUCGUGCC